AUGCAGGCCUUCAGAAGAAGCGCUGCGCAAACUGCGCGCGCAGUCACUCGUCAGCAAACAAAACGCCAUGCCCACCACGAAGCCCCAGCCGCCGGCAGCAUCAAGUACCCAGAGGACGAGAAGCUUGGACACAAGUACCUCACUCGCGUCAUUAACAGCUACGACGGAUACCGCAAGGAUGCCGCUCACAUUGCUGCUCUUCACACCGAUGCCCUUGAGCAGGCUGCUGCCGACCGCAACCUGUUCGCCAACUCUCAGCGCGCCCAGAACGUCACGUUGAGAUUCCCUGAAAUUGGAAUGCUAACGAAGUCUUUGUCACAGNNGAUCCUCAACACUGGAGCACCUCACAACGUGCCCGCUGGCCACUACGCCGACAUGUCACAGGUCAUCGCCAAGUUCGAGAAGGAGGCAUACGAGGCCAACGCAAAGAAGCUGCAGCAGAUUAAGGACAAUGCUGUUCCUAGCGAGCACCCAUUCAAGGGUAACCUCCCCACUGGCGUUGAGACCAUGUUGAUGUAG